AAUUUGAGUUUAUACAAAUCUGGACUGGUGCUUUGGUUUGAUCUUCGUCGCAAAGGCUACCCAUUAACAAAAAAAAAAUAACUUUCCCUUCCAGACUGGGAACCGACAAAACACUGACCAAAACCCAAUCUGUCAGUUCACACAGCUCAUAGAGAAACCAAGAAAAACAAAAACACAAAUCUCUCUCGUUUCCACCUCCAAUUCUCCCGCCCUCUCCAUUUCCAUCCCUUGAUCGCUUUUCUUUCUUUGUUGCCAUGGGAGUGAGCAACAACAUAACAGCGGUCCUAAACUUCAUAGCCCUCAUGGCCUCCAUCCCCAUAAUCGCUGCCGGCAUCUGGCUUGCCUCGAAGCCCGACAACGAGUGCACCCAUUACUUCCGGUGGCCGGUGGUCAUCCUCGGUGCGCUCAUCCUCCUCGUCUCCUUGGCCGGUUUCGUCGGCGCUUACUGGAACCGCCAGGGACUCCUCGCUUUUUACCUCUUGUGCAUGGCCGUCCUCAUCGCCCUACUACUCAUCCUCCUCGUCUUCGCCUUCAUCGUCACGCGCCCCAACGGCGGCUACUCCGUUCCCGGUCGAGGGUACAAGGAGUACCGACUCGACGGCUUUUCGGCCUGGCUCAGGGACCACGUCACAAACUCCGGCAGCUGGGAGAAGAUAAGGACCUGUUUGGCCGAUUCCAACGUUUGUGCUAAGCUGACCCAGAAUUACAUCACCCCUGAUCAGUUUUACGCCGCUCAUAUCUCUCCUCUUCAGUCAGGAUGUUGUAAACCUCCAACAGUUUGUGGGUACAGUUAUGGGAACCCAACAUUGUGGUUAAACCCGGUGAACCCAAUGGGUGACCCGGACUGCCUCUUGUGGAACAAUGACCAGAGCAUACUGUGUUACAAUUGCAACUCAUGCAAGGCUGGGCUUUUGGGGAACCUCAGAAGAGAAUGGAGGAAAGCCAAUGUUGUUCUUAUUGUGGCUGUGGUGGUGCUCAUAUGGGUUUAUCUUAUCGCCUGCAGUGCCUUCAAGAAUGCCCAAACAGAGGACCUCUUCCGCCGCUACAAGCAGGGUUGGGCUUGAUCUUGAUCUUGAUCUUAAACAUGGAUAAUAGAUAUUACUUCUCAUAGAUAUAUGCUCAGUGGUGCAUGGUAUUAUCUAUCCUUUGAGGGGAGUGUCUUUGUCAGUGGUGUAGAUAAAUAUAUUCCUAUAUAUGUUGCUUUCCAUCCAGAAUAAACGGACAUUGAAAGCGACUUCGAAGAUAAGAAUAGAAUCCCAGAAAAAUUAAAAGCUUUUUCCGUCAGUGUGGGAUUAUUCGAUGCUUCUGUUUCAGUGGUGGUUAAUUCGAUGCUUAUUGGAAGACUCCAUUUCUUUCA